UCUACGCUCUCAGUCAGUCAUUCGGCCGGCUGUCGUGUGUAUUGUUCUGUGGCAAUUUUCCAGGUUGAAAUGCGAUGGAGGAAGAGAACGUGGAGAAAGUGACCAAAGCUUCGUCACCCCGUCUUAUCGGCAUAUCCAGCCCGAAAACCUGGGACCAGUGGAUUAAGAAGACGCCGUCGGCAAACACGUCCGUCGAUUUGGAAGAUGAGACCUCGCCACAGAUGGACGACGUAGUCGUGGUCGAGGAGAACGACGGAAAAUGCAGCGUCCAGUUAGUGGAAAUCCCGAAACCUGUGGAGAACGGGCCGGUGUCGGUUGAAACAGAAGAAACCGAGGAAACGGGGGGAAGUGAGGCAGUACAACGAGAUGAGAGCAUGCCCGAUGAGGAAGAAGACAAAUUGCAAAAAGAGGAGGUAGUCUUAAAAUUAUCAGAGCACACAUCCCUAAACACGAUAAUCGAGGAACAGCCCGGGGACGAGACUGGUGCCGUAGCGGCCCCGCCCCCUCCGAAACCAAAAAAUCAUUCUGUUAAAAUCAAAUUGGACGAAAACCCUCCCAAAGUCGUAAUCAAAAACACCAGGUUCAAGGUCAUCCCGGCAGAAAACGUUUGGGAGCCCAACGAGGAAAACGUUGUCAUGUACGGUGAUCCGAUGACGAUGAUAGAAUCCCAUCUCAACGAGCUCACGAUGGUGGAGAGUCAAUUGAAAAAGCUCAAAGAUUCAGAAACACUGAAAAUGAAACCGCUUAAACUGGAUUUGGACGGGGAAAAGUCGAAGAAAAAAUCCCAGGAUAAGGGUAAACUAAGCUGGCUGUCGAUAUUCAAGAAAAAACCUACCACGCCUCCGGAAAAAGCUCCACCCCCUGUAAAAUCGGCCGCGGUCAACAAAAAGGGGCCGGUUACCCUCAAAAGUUACAAGGACGGCCAACAACAGACCGCACGAAAAAAACGAGAGUACGUUACCGUCCAGCAGCAUCCAAACGUCGUCAAGCUCAUCAAACCGCAAAUAGUUCAGGGUAGCGAAAACGCUGGCGGUACAGGUGGAAGCGAAAGACGAGCCAUCUCGACCAGGAGCAGGGGGUCGGAUGAGCCUCACAUCGGAAAAUACAGACUCCUUAAAACUAUCGGGAAAGGAAACUUUGCCAAAGUCAAGCUCGCCAGACAUGUACCCACCGGCAAAGAGGUAGCAAUAAAAAUUAUUGACAAAACUCAGUUAAAUCCAGGAAGUUUACAGAAGCUCUUUAGGGAAGUUAGAAUUAUGAAACUAUUAGAUCAUCCAAAUAUAGUUAAACUUUUCCAAGUGAUAGAGACUGAAAAAACGUUGUACCUGGUUAUGGAAUAUGCUAGUGGAGGAGAAGUUUUUGACUACCUUGUCCUACAUGGGAGGAUGAAAGAAAAAGAGGCCCGAGCGAAGUUCCGACAGAUUGUUUCUGCCGUGCAAUAUUGUCAUCAAAAGAAAAUUAUACACAGAGAUUUAAAGGCUGAGAAUCUUCUUCUGGAUAGUGAAAUGAAUAUUAAAAUAGCAGAUUUUGGCUUUAGUAACGAAUUUACACCAGGGAACAAAUUAGAUACGUUUUGCGGGAGCCCUCCAUAUGCCGCCCCUGAACUCUUUCAGGGUAAGAAAUACGACGGGCCUGAGGUCGAUGUUUGGUCCUUGGGCGUUAUCCUUUACACGCUUGUGAGUGGCUCGCUUCCUUUCGAUGGUUCCACCCUCAGGGAACUGAGGGAAAGAGUGUUGAGAGGAAAAUACCGAAUACCUUUUUAUAUGUCUACUGAUUGUGAAAAUCUCCUUAGAAAGUUCCUUGUGUUAAACCCAGCAAAAAGAGCCUCGCUCGAGACGAUAAUGAAAGACAAAUGGAUGAACAUGGGACAUGAAGAUGAUGAGCUCAAGCCUUAUUUAGAACCAGAACCCGAUUACAAGGAUCUAAAGAGGAUAGAAGCUCUAGUUGGAAUGGGAUAUACUAGAAUGGAAAUUGAAGAUAGCCUAACGCAAGCAAAAUACGAUGACGUUUUUGCUACAUAUUUACUCCUAGGCAGAAAAUCUACUGAUCCUGAGAGUGACGGCUCAAGAUCAGGUAGUUCUCUGUCACUUCGGGGGAACCAUCAAGGAAGUGCGGCAAGUGGUGGCGCCAAUUCACCAUCUCACGGCAACUCGAGAUCUGUUCACAGAUCAAUAUCCAGCAGUGGUACCAAGCCUUCCAGAAGGGCAUCUUCGGCAGCAGCCGACACUCUCCGUGAGUCUCAACAUCCUCCCUUCCAUGCCCUCGCCCUUCACUCACACACCCUCAUACCCCCAAACAUAUCCGGUGGUGUCUCAACCGGCACGAAUACCACAAUGAAUCAUAACCACAUUACAAGUGGAAGUGUGACUCAAGGAAGUAACUUCAAGAGGCAAAACACUGUGGAUACGGCUACAAUUAAAGAGAACACUGCCAGGCUGAAUUCUCGACCUGCAAAGAAUGCCACAUCUACCUUACCCGUCCUUGAUACGUCUGGAGUGUCAAGCCCGGGUAAACCAAGGGGGGUGACCAAGUCAAACACUAUGAGUGGAAACAGGUCACUUGCGACUACGACAGCUACUGCGGGUGGUACAGUCUCCAGGAGAAGCACCUUCAGUUACGACACAAAAUCCUCGUCAAACGAGAAGACAAACACUGCCGGUGAAACACCAAACUUGGGAGGCAUGGACACUUUGGGUCGGAGUGGUACAAAAGGUCACGUCAAGUCCGCGUCCAUUUCAGCAACUACAACAACCCAACGUACUCCAGAUGGGUUGUCUCAUCCAAUGAUGCCUGCCCCCUAUGAUCACCUUCGUCCCAGAAGUGGUGUCGGCGGAGUCGGUGUUGUCUCAGUCAGUGCGACAAACCGAGGCGGGUUCCAGCAGCCUUUCCCCCGCAAUGUGCCAAGCCGUUCGACUUUCCAUAGCGGGCAGAACAGGCAGAGGCCGUACAUUUCGGGCGCCCCUUCGCCUACGGAUGCGGCUAGGACGACCAGUUUCUUUUCCAAGCUCUCAUCAAGGUUUUCUAAACGGCCUCAAAACUAGUAACGAGGAACUGUCUCCCACCUGGCAACAACUCAACGUGCUCAAUCGAUUCACUCUCUUUCCCUUUCUCUUCCUCUUUCUCGCUCUCUCUUUCUCUCCGUUUGAUAACGAGUUAUCAGCAUAUACUGUCGUGCUUUUCAUUACUUAAAAAAAAUUAAAUUGUGCAGUUGGUGUUAAAAAACGUUGAAAAUAUUGUGGUAGUUUUAAAUUUUCUAAGUGAAAUGUAAUCAUGAGAACUGUUCGUUUUUUUUAUUAGUAAUUACAUUUUGUAUAAUUUUUUUUAAUUUAGUUUAAAAAGAAAUAAGAGGUAACUUUUGAUACUUAACGCUAGGAAUAAUUUUGUUUUCAUAUCUAUACCUCCAUGUCUUAGCUUUAUCAGAAAUGUAUAUACCUAAGAAUAUUUAAACGUUUACAAAAAUGUUGAAAUUGAAGAAAAAAAAUAUAUGUUCGUUGUUAAUUGUUGUUCCAAGGAUUGAUAGAUGGAAAAUAUUUAUGCAAACUGUAAUACGCCUAUUUUUUCUUAUAUUCAUGGGAGUAUGGCACUGUUCUUUUGGCAUAUUCUUUCUGUGAUAAUGUGCCUUAAGGUUGUUUUAAAUGUGCUGCAUUGUUUUAACAAAUAUUGUGAUGCAACAAUAAUAUUGUCCAUGGGUGAAAGCUAUUUUAAAAGAUGAGCUCAUCUUUGAAAUUUUUAGCUUAAAAGAAAAAAAAUAUAUUUCAAAAGCUUUUUUUUUCUCUUUUUAUUUCAUGCCAAAGAAUACAUCUCAUCAUUCUAUGAUUAUAACUGUCUCUUAAAACCUGUAAAUAAGUAAUAAAUUGCAAAUGCUACUUUUGUAACUUUUAAUUUUCUUUUAUAUUUGUAGUAAAUUUCGUGUUUCUAUUUUUCCUUAAACAAGUUGUUAUUACAAAAAAAAAAUGUGUUUGUGUUGGUAGCGCUAGCCAACAAAUAGGGUUUUUUUACAUUUUAAUUUUAAAAUUCUAGUGUUUAGAUUAUAGAAACAAUAAUAAUGAUUUUUUUUAGCAGAUUCUUCUUAUUGUACAAUUUCCCUUUUGUUUUAUCCCGCCUUUUUUUUCUACUUCCACUUGUUAAUUGUAGUUCUCUAAUCACAUACAUCAAUAACAACUUUUUAUCACAGGCAGUUUGCUAUAAUUUUUUUUUCUUAGUUUCUCCAAAAUGUGAUUUAUUUUAAUAAAUAUUUCGUGUAAGUGCAUCAGCCCAGUUCCUAUUUUUCUUGUGUCUUAUACCUGCCACUUUACACUGAUGUAUAUUUUUAGAAGGACUCCAAUUUUUUAGUGGUAUUUGUUAAAGUGUUUCAGUAUUUCAACUAGUCAUGUGGCCAAUUUUCAAUUUACUAUGUUCUGAUUAAAAAUCGUUUUGGUAAGAAUUUAUAAAAUCAUCUGGCAUUAUUUCAAAUAUAUUGUUGUUAUUAUUAGA